GAUUAAUCAUACGAUAAAAUUGGAUUCAGAUCCCGGGCCACUAAACUAGGACGAAACAAGCUUUCAGUGCUUCCAGGUUUUCAGCGGUGGUUUAUCGUCAAUGGACUCAUGAAUUCAACUAUUUAAUUGCUAUAAUAUCCACAAAACCUCUUUCUGAUUAUUGUUUCAUUUUUGUAAAUCAUAUAUAUAUUAGUGUAGAGCCAUGAUGAGCGAAAUUCCUUCGCUCAAUUUAUUCCUUCAUUACUUACCAAAUGUCUAUAUGGGAAUUUUCAAAAUAGAAUAAAGUGAUUAUUUGAUUAUUUCUAUUAUUGAUGACAAUUUUUAAUGAACAGCAUUUGACAAAUGGUUAAUUUUUUCAUGAAACAUGUGACUUAAUAUAAUUCAUGUUAGAUAUUUGAUGGUAAGUGUCUAUUGUUAUUAUUAUAAUCAGAGAGGGGUUUCGUGGAUAUUAUAGUAAUUUAAUAUCACCAUAGGGUUGUGGAGAUUAUUAAAUUUUUGACUGAGAUCAUGAACCGAUUGAUGUUAGACCAUCAUUGAAAACCUGAAAGCAAUGAAUGACCAUUUCGUCUUAUUGUAGGACUCUUCAUGAGGAGAUCCACUACCGUUGAAUUUAACGAAAAAUGGCUGGAAAUUUAGGAUUUAAUGUUGGAUCAUGUGGUUCACAAUUACAUCCAACUGUAAUGCCUGCAUCAAAUUUCAAUCCAGAAAAUGAUUGUGAACGCUUAAGAAAUGCUAUGGCAGGAUUAGGGACAAAUGAAAAAGAAUUAAUUGAAGUAUUUAGUCAUCGUUCUGCAGAUCAACGUGCAGUUCUUGUAAAAAAAUAUAAAUCAAUGUUUGGCAAAGAUUUAAUUGAAAAUUUUAAAUCUGAACUUAGUGGACACUUUUAUGAUACUAUGGAAGCAUUGUGUUUAAGUUCAUCAGAAUUCGAUGCCCGUGAAUUAUACAGAGCAAUGAAAGGAGCUGGUACAAAUGAUUCUGUAUUGAUUGAAAUUCUAUGUACUCGAACAAAUUAUCAAUUGAAGAAGAUAAAGGAAGCUUAUAAACUAUUCACCGGAAAUAAUCUUGAAAAUGAUGUAAGUGGUGAUACAUCUGGAGAUUUUAAACAUUUAUGUAUUGCAUUAUUACAAGCAAACAGAGAUGAAUCCAUACAUGUUGAUCAACAACUUGCACGUAAAGAUGCUGAAGCCCUGUAUCAAGCAGGUGAGAAAAAAUGGGGCACUGAUGAAUCAAAAUUUAUUCAAGUUUUUGCUACACGAUCUCCUGAACAUUUAAAAGCCGUAUGUCGAGAAUAUAGUAAUUUUAGUAAAAAAACUUUGGAAGAAGCUUUGAAAUCUGAAAUGUCAGGAAGUUUACUACAAUGUCUUUUGGCCAUUGUUCAGUGUGCAAAUAACAAAGCAUUAUAUUUUGCUGAAAGAUUAAGAAAAUCUAUGAAAGGAGCUGGAACUAAUGACAGAGAUUUAAUUCGUAUUGUAGUGUCACGUUGUGAAAUUGAUUUGCAUUUGAUUAAGAGAGAAUUUUACGAUCUAGCUGGUAAUUCCUUAGAAGCUUGGAUUGAAGAUGAUACCAGCGGAGAUUAUCGUGAAUUGUUAUUAGCACUUGUUCGUACAAAUCUAUAAAUAACAAAUAUUGAUCAGAAUGAAAGUAUUUGAUGUUUAACAUUAUUACAUAAUAUACUAAACUAUUUUGCGCUACAAAAUGUUAUUACGUCUUAAUUGAUUAGUUUAUUUGUUUUUGUUUUUUUGAUUUUUAAUAUUGAAUAUUUGAAUUUGUAUAAACUUUUAAAUACUAUGCAUGUCUAAUUUUCUGAGAGGGUGGGGGAGCUUUCUUUGUUUACUCCACCUUUUCUUUCUACCUAUCUUGUUACUAUUUAUCACUGUUACACGAUAUAAACGUCAUAUGAACUUCACUUUCUCGGACAUUUUGAUAAAAAAAAUUCCAAAACACAUAAAACAAUACACAUACGCAAUUAAUGAAUAUUUUUUUGUCCGUUUAUUCGACGCUUAUUCCAUUGACCUUCAUUUGUUAUUGUUGUGUUUGUUUUUUUUUUUCUUCACGAAUUUCAUUAAUGAAAAUUGAUCAAUAAAUCACUGCCAUCCAACUUAUACAUAUAUACCCAU